AUGCCAUCCAUGGUCCAGUCGUGGGAGGAAGGAAGGCGCGAGGGCAGUGUGAGCUCGCUCGCUGAUAUCGACAAAUGGGAUCGACCCGAAUGUCAAUCUGCCACUCGUUCGCUCAGCAACAACCCGGGCGGCUCUUUCUCUGGCGGGUUCUUCGACCUCCAGCUCAAGACCAUGGCAGCUUGCCAAGUCUCUAAGUGGGAACACGCAGACAAGCAGACAAAGCAGCAGCAAGCCAGCUCUUCCAGGUCACUCGUGAAUGCUGCCGUUUCCUCCCCUGUUGGCCUGUUCAACGCAGGCCGCGACACGCGCAUUCUGAGUGGCCAGAAAAAGACAUGCCAAAAGGUCACCUGCCCCUCCACUGCCUUCCACGCCAACCAUUGA